ACAGAUUCUCAGUUUACACUCCAAAAAUAGAUCAUAACAAAAGCAAGCAGAUAGUGACUUGAAAGCCCCUUUGUUACCCCACUCAAAAGUAAGUGGACAUGGCAUCUCUCUUCUCCAACCUGCAAAGUUCCCUGUAUGUGAGAGAGAAAGAGAGAGAGAGGAAGAGGAGGCUUGAUUAUGCUAUGGGAAAGAUCUCGAAUCUAUACUCACCAUCCAUUCAGCGUUCUCUCCAAAUACCUUGGACCCCACGAAUAAGUCACACACCCAAAAUCCACCACCACCGCCAACGGUGUAGUAAGCAACUAAUAGUAGUGUCAAUCCACCAACAAUUAACACCCUUACCCACCUUUUCCUUAAUAAAUAAUUGAAAAGCCCAAAUCAUUCAAAAGCCCCUUCUCAACCUCUGAUGACAAUAAUGUUAAAAGAAUAUGGUCACUGUAAUGAGCUAUCAAAAUCUUGAUAACAACGCCGUACACUCUUGUUUUACAUUACUGGGCUGAUUAAUUUUCUCUCUUUUGACGUCCCAUAUUAGCCCAAGAUUAUCCGGCAUGCCGACGCCGGUUAGUGCAGCCAGGGCAUGCUUAACACAGGAGGCGGUGGCCACCCUCGAUGAGGCUGUGGCGGUGGCGCGACGCCGGGGGCACGCGCAGACGACAUCGCUACACAUGGUGUCGUCCCUCUUAUCCAUCCCAAAUUCAUCCUUACGUGAAGCAUGCACCAGAACACGCAACAACGCAUACUCCACACGAUUGCAACUAAAGGCUCUUGAGCUUUCACUGAGCGUGUCUUUGGACCGACUGCCUUCUUCGCGAACGAACAAAGUUGAGGAGCCACCAGUAUCGAAUUCUCUCAUGGCCGCUAUAAAAAGAUCGCAAGCGAAUCAAAGAAGGCAGCCUGAAAACUUCAGCUUCUAUCAGCAGCAGUAUUCUUCGUGUUCUUCUGUUCCAGUGGUGAAAGUUGAGCUCCGGAAUUUGAUUAUAUCAAUUCUUGAUGACCCUUUGGUGAGUAGAGUUUUCGGUGAGGCGGGGUUCCGGAGUUGUGAUAUAAAGAUAGCUACACUCAGGCCAGUUAACAGUCUUCAUGGUCACCAUCUGUUUGGAUAUUCGUCUAGUUACAAACGGCCACAAUCACCUUUGUUUUUAUGUAAUUUUAAGAGUAGUGAUAGUACGAGUGAUAUAUAUAUAUAUAUAUUUUGCAGCUUGAUGGAGUCUUUUGUUCCAUUGGGUGGGUUCUUUUCUACUCCACCUGACAUGAAAAGCCCGUUGGGCAGCUCAUACCUCAAUGUAAUCCGCUGUCAUCUGUGCAACGAGAAGUGUGAACAAGAAGUGACUGCUCUUUCAAAUGGAGGAUUUACUGAUUUGUCUGCAGAAAAAAAUCAUUCUAGUUUGCCUUCUUGGAUGCAGAUGACAGAACAUGGUGCACUCAAUGCUGUGGCUCCGUUGAAGGUCAAAGAUGAUGGAAUGUUACUAAGUGCGAAAAUUGCUGGGGUUCAGAGGAAAUGGGACGGUAUCUGUCAGCAGCACCAUCACUAUAGUCAACCUCUCCCCAAAAUAAACAGCCACAAAUUAAGUUUCCAAUCUCCAUGUGUUCCGGGUACUCAAGUUUUGGAGAAAAGGAAAGGGAAUGCUAGUAAUGACAGCAGCAACCAUACAUAUGCCUCAUCGAGUGAAUGUGGAAGCAAGAAUAAAGUUCCUUUCUUGUCGACAGAUUUAGAACAGAUUUCUUCAUUGAAAACUCGUAGUCCAUUGGAUGUGCUUUCAGAGGCCGAGAAUCUGAAAAUUUUGUCCAAAUCUUAUAAAAAGCCUUCGGCAGUUGAAGAUGAGUCAGCCAGCCUCAAACCGAAUCCUUUGAAGUCUUCAAGUGCCAGCAUCAACAAUGGUCAUACAUCUCCAACUUCAAUAACCUCAGUGGCUCGAGAUUUGAGCAUGCAUAUGCUUUCUGCUUCUACAGGCAGGGAAACAAGGAAACCAGUGGAACAAUGUCAUGUGGAUCGUAUUAAAGAAUUUUCAGGCAGCUUGUCAACAGAUGCCAACACUUUCAGUGGAAUUAUCUCAAGCCAUCCCACUCAUUCCUCCUCCUGUUUCUUUAAUCCAAAAGAUCCUAAGAUGCUUUACAAGGCUCUAGUUGAAAGAGUUGGUCAGCAGGAAGAAGCUAUUAGGAUGGUUGUUGAAACAAUAGUUGAACGUCAAACAAAAAUUGCAGGCCGUCGUGGAGACUUGUGGUUUAAUUUCCAAGGUCCUGAU